GCAAUGAACGGACGGCAAGCGAUUGGGGAGCUCCGCGUCAUCUGCAGCUGGGACUAUUCGACUCAAUUCCUUUCUUUUCCCGCCGCUGAUCCUCUUCGCUGCCCACCAUGGCGGGCGGGCACAUGAAAUACCGCCAUUUGAGCCGGUCGUCGUCGCAUCGACAAGCGCUUCUCCGAAACCUCGUCACCUCGCUCUUCAAGCAGGAAUCGAUAACGACAACAUGGCACAAGGCGAAGGAGGCGCAGAGACUGGCAGAGAAACUUGUUACAUUGGGAAAGAAGAACACGGAAGCGACGCGACGGAGAGCGCAUCAGAUAUUCUUUGAGCCCAAUGAACUGGUCCCAAAGCUCUUUGGUCCCAUAAGAGAGCGCUACCUCGAGCGCCCAGGUGGCUACACGCGCGUGCUCCGCAUCGAGCCUACAAAGGAAGACCAAGCCGAAUCUGCCAUUCUCGAAUUGGUUGACGGACCGAAAGACAUGCGCUUUGCCAUGACCGCGAAGACGCUAUCAAACCUACCAGAAACUACGCGCAUGAACGAACUUACAGCGAAGAAUGUGAAGAAGGUCACGCAAUUUCGGCAGGAUGGAGUUGAGCAUCUGCGGAACAUGGUCGAGAAGAUGAGGGAGGGCAAGAAGAAGAGGUGGGACACCAGAACGCUGCUAGGGCCGAGGAGGGUGUACCUACUGGAAGAGAGGCAGGUGAGGGAUAGGCAUCUGCCCGAACCUGUCAACGAUGGCGAGCUGCCGAAUCCCGUCAAGAUGUUACACGGUGGAGUGCUUCAGAAAGGCACAAAGAUUUGGAAUGUACGGGAUAUCGUGGAACGUCAAAAGAACAAGUCCAAGGAAGGUGCGCGUUUGGAGGCCGAGAAGGCACAAAAGAAACAACAGAAACAGCCCAAAGCUCUUCAGUCAGCUUAGAGCUGCAUCCUCUGUACUAUACUGUCUUCAUAGUAGACUUCAAUACCCUGUAUACAACCUUUCAAUGCUGAACUCGGGUCAUCCAUGAAGUCAACGUCAACAAUUG